GAGUUAGAGCGUGGAUUUGAAUGACUGGCUACUCAGUUUGAUGUUAUGCAGUUUUUCAGCACAGUUUGUGAUAGAGUUUCCUCUUUCAGUUCAAAUAUAUAUGAAACCUUCUAUGAUCUUAUUAACAAGUUCACUUUGUUUUACUCUGGAGUCCUUAUAAGUAUAAGAGAAGGUAUUUUGGCAGAAAUAUUCCCGAGCCUUCUUUUGUCGUAUAAUGCCACGGUCCUCCUCAUACUGACUCUAUUUUUGCUGGGUCUAUCAACAUUUUUACUACUACGGCACUUAAAGUCGCAUGUGCCUUUGCGUGUUAAAUCUACUCAAGUUCCUCGGGGAUUUCGCCGAAGAGAUAAGAUCAGGUACCAUGCAAUCAGAUUCGGGCGCAAAUUCAGUGAAAUAACGGAGGAGUUAAAAAAGGUACAGACAAAGGAAGAACGGAGAACUACUAUCAUAAAUUUCGCGAGAAAAAUCUUCAAGUUGCAUGACAUCGAAAAGUCGCCGACGCUGGCCUAUGGUCGACUUCCUGAGUCGUUUUUUGAACCAGAUGAGGAAGAUGUCUCUUCAUUACCAGAAGAUCUCCGCUUGAUGAUAAGUUCGAUAAGGGUUUUUGGGCAACUGGAAAAAUCAUUUUUUAUAAGGUUUUGCAAAUUCAUUGAGACAAUAGAGCUAAAUGUAGGCGAGUAUCUGUUCCGUAUUGGAGAUGAAGAUAAAUAUGUGUAUGUUAUUCGUAGUGGUAGAAUCCAAAUCACUGUCACAGAACCGGAUGGAUCCAAGUGCAUCAUCGCUGAAGUUGGAAAAGGUGGGAGUGUUGAUAGUUUGCUAUCUGUUCUGAGUAUACUUACUGGUUAUCCUUCAACUUUUGAGUUCAUGGAAGCAGUCGCUUUGGAGCCCACAACUGUAUUAUGCUUACCGGCCCGAUCAUUUUUGGAAAUAUGCAAAACACAAACACCUCUUUUUCGCAUUAUCCAGAUGAUUGCAGUUAGACUUCAGCGUUUGAGCUUCAACGCGUUACACAAUUAUCUUGGUUUAAGUUCGGAACUAAUUAAUAAGGACUUUUCCCCUAUAUCUGGUUCAUCUGAAGCUCACGAAUUCCUAUGCAAGGUUUUUGAGAAGAGACCAUCAAUGAAAGACUUUAACGAGUUCGGUAAUAUUAGUUUAAAGUAUCCGGAUUUAGAUCUUACAUGUUCAAAAGUUAAAUUUUCCAUAUCGAAUGUCACAGAUGAUCAAAAGUCCAAAAAUUCUGAAUCAGAAUUAGAACAGGUUUUCACCUAUAAUGAUGAUCUGAAUUUAGAUUCAAUGUCUCAAUCUGGUGCACUUGAAUUAGGUGAAAGUCCUAUAUUUUACAAUCGGAAAACGGCAUCACCUAUAUUUUCACCUUCCCAACCACCUAGUCCAAAUUGUAAACAUCGUUCCACUAAUUUACGUCGGGCACGCUCUCUCGCAGAUACAUCUCGUAAACUUCAAUUAAACUAUGACGAUGUAAAUGAUGUGAUAAAAGGCAUUGGUAAUAAAAAUAACAAAGGAGAACCUUGUGAUUUUGUUAAAGAUGUUAAUUUUACCAAAAGUGAAUUAGAAGAAAUGAUAAAAUUCGCUGAAAAAGAUUUAGCUAAUUUAUUAAAUUUAACCGAUACCAGUAUCCUGCAUGAACAUGUUUCACUUACCACUGUUUCAUCUGAUUUUAUACUUUCAAGAGAAUGUGAAAUGCAAUUAGAAAUGUAUUAUGUAAUAUUUGGAGAAUUGAGAGCUUUCCAAUCAACUAAUGAUGGACCUAAUAAUAAUGUCAUUACAAUGUUUAAAUGUGGACCGGGAAAAGCAGUUGGACUUUUGGGACUGAUAACCGGUGAACCAAAUAUUUAUGGCGUACAAGCUACGACAAAAACUAUUGUAGCUGUUUUAUCCCGUGAGACAUUUUACUCUGUAGUUCGUCAAUAUCCUAAGGCUUUGUUCAGUGUUACUCAUAUUAUUUCUUCUCAUUUAUCACCGUUAUUUCAUCAACUUGAUUUUGCCAUAGAAUGGUUGUCUGUCAAAUCAGGAAAGGCUUUAUAUAAGAAAGGAGAAAUCGCAAAUCAUGUAUAUGUUGUUUUAAGUGGUCGAUUAAGACAAGUCGACAAUAUGCCUGAUGGAGGUCAUCGUAUAGUCAGUGAGUUGGGGCGUGGUGAUCUCGUUGGUUUUCUUGAAGUCAUUAGUCAGCAAACACGAAUAUCUACAGUUAUGGCGAUUAGAGAUUCAGAAUUGGCUCAAAUUCCUUCACAUUUACUUCAUCAUCUUAAGAAUAAAUUUCCACAAGUUUUAACUCGUAUUAUUCAAUUAUUAUCGGAUAAAUUAUUGGGUAAUUUAACAACUAGUUCUAGUACGGCUAGUCAAUUGGGUAUGCCACUUCUACAUAUGACUAGUACAAAUUCUUUACUUACUGGUGGAUUAGGUUAUACAACUGGUGAGAAUUCCAAAUUGGAUGUUUUAUAUAGUCCAUUGAAUAGUGGUGUUAUGACUAAUCUACGUACAAUCGCUGUAUUACCUACUACAACUGACAUUAAUGCUGAGGCAUUCACUUUGGAAUUACAACAUUCUAUGAGUUCGAUGGGAUCAUCUGUUCGUCUUACUUCAGAUAUCGUACUGAAACGUUUAGGUUCAUGCGCAUUCGAUAGCGUUAGCCAGUAUAGACUUAGUACUUGGUUAAGUCAUCAAGAAGACUCACAUCGUAUUGUUUUCUUUGUUUGUGACUGUCAGCGAGUUUCAGCCUGGAAUCGUAUAUGUAUUCGUCAAGCUGAUUGCAUUUUGGUUUUAGCUUUGCAUUCUUCUGAUCCAGCGCGUCCCUCACCAAUAGAGAUGGCAUUAAAAAAUGACCCAACGAAGGUUGCCAAAGUGCUUAUUCUUAUGUAUCCUUUAGAUACAGAUUAUACAGAAUCCGGUAAAACUGCAGUAUGGUUAAAUGCUCGACCAUGGAUUAGUCAACAUUAUCAUAUACGUUGUGAACCUCGUGUAUUUAUACCUCGUUCAAAGUUGAAUCUCAUCAAUUUUUAUACUCAAGUAUUUGCUCGUGAAAAACCUAAUCCACUAUCUGAUUUCUCUCGUCUUGCUCGUUACAUAGUAGGUGAAGCUGUUGGUCUUGUUCUAGGCGGUGGAGGAGCAAGAGGCUGUUCACAUGUUGGACUGAUACGUGCUUUUCAAGAAGCUGGGAUUCCAAUUGAUUUAGUUGGUGGUACAAGUAUUGGCUCUUUUAUGGGUGCUUUAUGGGCUGAUGAAACUCGUGUUGCACAGUUUACUCAAAGAGCUAGAAAUUUCACUAACUGUUUCAAUUCUAUAUGGAAAAAAAUAAAAGACUUCACUUAUCCUGCAGUGUCGAUUUUUUCUGGUAAAGAACUUAAUCGUCAACUUCAAUCGACAUUUCAUGACCGUCAAAUUGAAGAUUUUUGGCUUCCUUUCUUUUGUGUAACAACAGAUAUAACAAAUUGUAAAAUGCGUAUUCAUACACAAGGUGUGAAUUCUUCAGGUUCUGAUAAGUACCAUAGAACAGAUGGUACCAAUGUACAAAAUUUCCCUCAGUUACCUGAUAUAGCUACUAAAAUUACUAUAACUGAUAUUCCUACCUAUACCGAUCCUACUGUUUCCAGUGGUAGCAGUAUAACUGCUGUAAGGAAAUUUCCGAAAUCUACACACACCGUUGUUUCAGAUUCAACAUCACGAUAUUUUGAUACUGAUCACUGUUUACAGUCUGGAUCCAGUUCGAAAAUUUCAUCUUCAAAUGAACAACAUCGCAAGGAAGAACAAAAGCAUAUUUUCGACUUUUUGAAGAAUAAUCUGUCUUCCAAGAGUAGACGACGUUUUCUAAGUGAUUGUUACGAUUCAUCUUUAAAUGUCGGUAGCAGUUAUUCAUACCGAAAUUCAGACGUCUUAUGUAAUGUAAAUCGUGCUCCAAUUCUAAACAAUUUGAUUAUAAGUGGUGUCCACCCUAAUCAUUUACGGAAAUAUAAAUCUGAUUAUGGUCUACAAGCGUAUGACAACAGUCAAACAGGGAAUUUAAUGAUGAAUAGUGAUCUCGACCCAGUAGUUAAUGCAUCUGAAAAAUCUGCACACGUUACUAAAUACAGUCUGUCUUCCUUUAGAUCUUUGGAAGAUGAUGGUUAUUUAGAAGAUGAUGAAAGUUCCACAGACUGUGCACAUUCUCCAGUUACAGCAUCUGAUCCCGAAUUAAGACAUGAUGUUUACCCUGAAUCCAGUAAUGCAGAAGACAGGGUUUUGCGCCAGAGAUCAUCUUCUAUCUAUGGACUUCCACAUUAUUUGUUACAUACAGAAGUGUCAAACAAGAGAUGUGAUUCACCGAAUUCUGAUAAUAAUGUGAAAAAUCCAUCCAUCAUAAAAGGUCAACAAGGAAGUGAUGAUGCGAAUGUGUUUAUGAACAACCCAUUGCUUAAGUUAGAUAUGACAUCUGUACGUAAUCGGACGAAGCCAAAUCGCAAAAGACAUCACCGUUCAUCAUUAGAUCGAUUACGGACUGAUCGUGAUCGAGGGGCAGCAAACUCGCUUGUUAACCUGCCAUAAUGACAAGUUAAAUGAUUACAUUGAAUUGAUAAAUAAUAUGUGCUUUUGUAUGUACAUAUUCGUAAAAUUGUGAUAUUUCAUUUAUCAAUUACGUCUACGUAUAUGAAGACAUCUUUGCUUUUAUAUUUUAUUUCUUCUUACUUACAAAUACUCACUCACUCAUUCACUUUCAUCCUAAAACAAGGAGAUUCUUUAAGCUAAUAUACAUAUAUAUUUCAUAAGUAAAGAGCAAAAUCACUUCACAUUUUCCCACGUGAUAAAUAUUUGAAAACAGAUGUUAUAUUUCAUGUUUACUAUAUACAUUACCUACAACGAUUUC